GCUUUAUUUUUUUAGCUUCCAAGCUCUGAGCUACUUUAUCACUCACGUGAUGUUAAUAUUUUCUACUUGAAUAUGCCUUUUUUUUUUUUACAGAGCGUGAUGAACCUCAGAUGCAAAAGAGUUCUGAUACCGUUUACAUUAGUGGACUCGGUACAGACAUGUCCGAGAAGGAUUUGGUAUCAAAACUCGAAGAACGAUUCUCGUCCAUUGGACGCAUUAAGACCGACAAGCGGACCAUGACUCCGAAGAUCCGCGUUUAUAUUGACAACGCGACUGGUGCGCCAAAAGGAGAUGCCAUUGUCACUUAUGAGGAUCCAUUCACAACCGAUGCUGCUAUUAAAUGGUUCAAUGGCACUGAUUUCCAUGGGCAUACAAUCAAAGUAGAAAUGUCUGAACAAAAGGUUUAUGCCGGAGGAUUUGGUGGGCGUGGUCGCGGUCGUGGUCGCGGAGGAUUUGGAGGCAGUGACCGCGGCGGAUUUAGUGGUGGACGUGGUGGUGGACGCGGCGGCUUCGGUGCUGGUGGUGGUGGCGGUCCCCCACCUCGCGAAGGCGAUUGGGUUUGCGAAAAAUGUCAGAAAAACAAUUUUGCCCGACGACAAGAGUGUAUGCAAUGCCAAGCCCCGAGACCUCCAGGCACCGGAGGUGGAGAUGGACAGCGCUAUGGAGGUGGAGGUGGAGGUGGAGGUGAUAGAGGAAGCUCGCGCUCAGGCUAUGGCGGCGGUAAUGACCGUAGCAGUUUUGGUGGAGGUGGUGACCGAGGCAACUACGGAGGCAAUGAUCGUAGCAACUAUGGUGGAGGCAGUGAUCGUGGUAACUAUGGAGGUGGCCGAGGCGGAUAUGGUGGUGGGGGCGACCGUAAUAAUUAUGGAGGCAAUGAGCGUGGUGGUUACGGUGGUAGCAACGACCGUGGAGGCGAUCGCGGCAACCAUGGUGAUCGUGGUAACAGCGGAUAUUCAGGUGGGUAUGGAGACCGCUCAGAUCGCAGCAGCGGUGGACGUGGAGGCCGAGGUGGUCGCGAUGAUGGCGGACGUGGAUAUAAUGGAGGCGGUGGAGGUGCUGAUCGAGAUGAUCGUCGCUACGAUCGCCGUGACCGGCCUUACUAAAUAUUCGGUCAAACAAAAGCGAUAUGAGCAUGACAUGUUGGAGCACUAUUAAGUCAAGAAAUCAGGGCGGAAAAGGAAAUAAGCCUGCAAGACUAAUUUUUUUUUAUGCAAAUCCAAACGUAUC